AUGCGUGACGCGUCACGGCGCGUCAUCGCGCGUCGCAUCAUCACGGCGCCGGCCGCGCGGACGGCGUGGGACGAGGAGGUGCUGGUGGAGGCGGCGAAGAGGCACAUCCUGAGCACCCUGAAUCUCAAGGAGAGGCCCCGCUCCUUCGGGGACCCGGUCGCCUCGGGGGGUCUCGAGGGGGGUCCCAGGGCCCCACUGCCGCGGAUCGCUCUCCGAGCGGUGAUGGAGGAGGCGGAGAGGAGCGCGCGGGGUCGGAGAGACGAGGCGGAGGAGGCGGAGGAGGUGCGGCUCGUGCGGUUUGCACAGAGAGACGCCACGCGCCACAUUCUCCUCUUCUCUCUGCCACUCGAGGAAGGGCUGGACGUGAGCAGGGCGCAUCUGUGGCUCCACGUGGCGGCGGCGGCGGCGGACGUCCAUGGCCUCGGCCACUGCACCGUCACCAUCUCGUCCCCAUCAGUCACCUCCGGUGGUGCUGGCGGCGCUGGCGGUGUCAACGGCAGCGGGGAGGCUGUGGGGCGCACUCACUGGAAGGUCCGGGACACGUCGCGAGAUCCGGGGCAGCGGCGUCAGCGGCGGCGGCAGCAGCAGCAGCAGCAGCGCCGAAAGCGAGACGAUGCAGGACGGCGGCUCGCGGGGCGAGGCGCCACAGGGCGUCGAGUCCGGCGCGACGGCGGCGACUCGGACUGCGAGGCCAGCGAGGGGCGCUGCUGCCUGCAGCGCUUCUACGUGGACUUCGAGAAGAUCGGCUGGCACGACUGGAUCCUCGUGCCCGAGGGCUACUUCGCCAACUUCUGCCGCGGCUCGUGCCCGCCGCACGCCGCGGGCACCCCGGGCACGGCCGCGUCGUUCCACAGCGUCCUCGUCAACCAGUACCGCCUCAGGGGCCUGCAGCCCGCCAGCUCGCGGCGCGCCUGCUGCGUGCCCACGCGCCUCGGGGCCAUGUCGCUGCUCUACUAUGACGAGGACGACCACGUGGUGAAGAGGAACGUGCCCGGCACGGUGGCGGAGGCGUGCGGGUGCGCCUAG